AUGCGUUAUUCUAUCGUUUUCCUCACGGGACUUGCUCCGCUGCUUCAAGCAAAGCCACUGGAUAUCAGUCUCCCACCCUUAAUCCCCAAGAUCCCCGGUGUGACCGAGGCAUUGCCUGGUCUUGUCCCGCCUUUGCCCAUUCUACAAGUUCCAACUCCACCUUUGGACAGUCCUCCAUUCACUGCCAGCGAUAUCAAGCCUAAAAAGAUUGGAUACUACUGGACUGGAGCCGGGGACAAGGCACAUGCAGACUUCUUAGCAACAUUCAGUCUUGACGACAUUCAGGACACUUACGGUACUCUACUCUGGAUCACUGAUGUGCCAACCAGCGGCAACGACCCUCACCAUCUGACUCCUUCUCUCGACGGCAAAACAAUUGUUGGCGGUGGCUUGCUUUCUCUGCUGAAGACCCAGGAUACCGCAUACUAUUUUGACACUUCGGACCCCUACCGUCCCACUUUUAAGAAGAGCAACCGGGCCAUUCUAUCCUCCAUUACCGAUGAGAUUCGUGCCAAGCCUGAUGGUGGUUUCUACAUCACUUACAUGGGCUCUGCUCUCGGAACUAGUCCUGGCCGUCUGAUAGAAACCGAUGCCGAUUUCAACAUCAUCCACGAAUGGCCUGAGGAUGUCGAGGGCACCCUCAACAUUCUCGGCGAGCAGUUCUCUCCCCACGGAUUGACUGUCGACUUUGACAAGCAGAUUGCUAUUACUUCUGACUUUGUCGUUCCACUCAGUAUUCUCAAGCCCAGUCUCGGAGUGCAGCAUGCAAACACAUUAAGGUUGUGGGACCUGAAGACUCACACCAUUCUCAACACAAUCACCAUCCCUGAUGGAGGAGGUAUCCAGGAUGUAAAAUUCAUUCCCAACAACCCGGAAAAUGCCGCCAUUGCCACAGCUGUGCAUCUUGGGCAGGUCUGGAUUCUCUAUCCUUUCCGCAAGGACGCAAAUGGCAAGCAAGGAACUGCAGAAUUGCUCUAUGAUCUUGGUGAAAAGGCUCGCGAUACCGUCGCCAUCUACUCUGACCUCACGCAAGAUGGCAACUUUGCCUACUUCACCCUCACCACCGCCAAUCACAUUGCUGCUCUUGACAUCUCCGAUUUGAACAACAUCAAACGCCUCGAUGACCCAGAUGAGGACCAGGACACCGUUGGUCCGCACUACAUCAAGGUCACGCCCGACCAGAAACAUAUUUCCGUGACCGACUACUUUGUGCAGACUGGUGAAAUUGGUAUCAUCAAUACCCCUGCGGACUUUAGAGCUCUUUACAUUGAUAUCAACGAUGAUGGCAGUCUGCAUUUCAAUCGUUCUAUUGAUUUCAGCAAGGAGUUUGAGAACCGCGGAGGUGCAAAGCCCCAUUCGUCGGUUAUUUACGACUUGACUGAUCCCGAGAAUCCUAAGUACUACUAA